CCCGUCCGACAAACGGUUGAUAAAACGUAAUCAUUGUAAAUGGAGCAAAUUUUCUUAUCAUCGAUUUGUCAUUAUCAAAAAUAAAAAAAAACCAAAACAUUGGCCUAUAGUCUAGUGCCCCCUCAUAACGGUAAUGCUAAACGCCAAAAUACAAUUUUUCAAUAGGCACAGCUGCAGCAGCUGUCAGUGGUAGUCGAAUUCAUUGACCUUUUUUGGACGUACCUCGUGUACAAAGCAACAACAAUCAAAACGACGUUCAAAAUCGCGGUCAAAGUCUUUGUCAGCUACUCGGUCUGUUUUUGUAUCCAUCAAUAUUCUUUCGGAUUUAUGUUUAUAAACAGCUCUGAAAAUAGCACAUGCCUUUAAAAUGGCAAAUCCAAACAAACAUAUUUGCAAAUUACAAGAAUUUUCUGCACAUAAUGCAAAUGUUACCUGUUUGGCUCUUGGUCAAAAGAGUGGCUUAGUAUUAGCUACAGGUGGUGCAGAUAACAAAGUGAACUUGUGGAAAGUUGAUAGUGAAACAUGUUUUAUGAGCUUAUGUGGUCAUGUAACUCCAAUUGAAUGUGUACAAUUUGAUCCAUCUGAGUAUCUAGUGGGUGCUGGUAGCCAAACUGGUGGCUUAAAAGUAUGGGACUUAACUAAAGGAAAAAAGGUGAAGACAUUUAGCGGACAUAAGUCAGCUGUUACAAAAUUAGAUUUUUUUCCUUUUGCUUCAUCUUCAUAUUUUGUAACGGGUUCAAAAGACACCAAUGUUAAGUUAUGGGAUUAUCGAUAUUCACACUGUAUAGGGAUGUACAAAGGUCACGAAGCAUCUAUAUCUAGUUUGAAAUACAGUCCAGACGGUUUAUGGAUUGCCUCUGGUGAUGAAGAUGGAUGUGUUAAGAUAUGGGAUUUGAGAGUUGGACGCAUGAUACAUGUUUUUAAUAAACUGCAUAAUGGGACAGUAACAUCAAUUCAAUUUCAUCCAUUAGUGUUUUUACUAGCUAGUAGUGGUACAGACAAAAAAAUUAAUAUAUUAGAUUUGGAGCGAUUUAGUAUUAUUUCUCAAAUAGAUACAGAAAAAUCAAUAAUUAGAUGUUUGCAAUUUAAUGAUAAAGGAGAUGUUCUAUAUGGAGGUGGUGAUGAUUACCUUGGUGUGUAUGGAGUAGAACCAACCAGAGUGUGUGAUUCGGUAGUUGUAAAAUGGGGAAAUAUGAACGAGUUAGUAGUAAAAGAUAAUCGAAUUGUUGGUGCUUCACAUUUAUCAACUGACGUUUCAACAUGGUUAAUUAAUUUACCAGAAGAAUAUCCUUUUAAAAACCAAUUUUCACCACCUGAUAAGUCAUCAAAGCCUAAUACAAUGUUUACAAGAGAUACUAGUGUUCGAAAAAGUUUUAAUAAACAAAAAUCACGAGAAAUGAUUAAACCUAAAACUAAUAUGAAAUUAAUUGAUGAAAGUGAAACUGAUAUCGAUGACGAAAAUCAAACUGUAAUUAAUAAUGUUCAUGACUAUCAUUCAGUGUUUAAGCCAAAUAGAACUUCGUUUAAACCAAGUAGAAUAUUAAAUAGGAGUCCACCUCCAUUUUCACCCUUAUCCGAAGAUGAUAAUCCCAAUGAUAUAUUUAUUCCUGAAGUAAAUAGAAAUCAAUCUGCAAAAUUAGAGGAAAAAAAACAUAGUAUUGACCAUUCUCAAGGAUUAAUGCAAAGCAGUUAUUCAGAAGCUGAAACUUCAUCCGUGGAUUCUACUCCUUGUGAUUCAUUUCAGUUACCUCAGUUUGAGAGUUCUGGUGAUUACCAUACACCUGAUUUACCAACUCCAUUAUCAACACCUGAAAGUAUUGAGGUGUCUGAAAAAAGACACAAUCCUUACAUAACAUCAUCAGUGUCAAUGCGGAGUGUAUCAUCUAAUGUAAUCAAUGAAAGUUUAUCCAAACGUCCAUCUUCUUUACCAGUCUUUAGACAAAAUGAUCAUUUUGCUUAUGGAAAUAAGUACACAUCACCUCAAUCUCAAAGAAAAAUAAUUCCAGAUGAAAUUACAUCAUUACCUCAUCAUAAACGACUGUUGGCUGAUGAUUACUUAGUUACACCAGAACAUAAAAAGACUGAUAUCAUCGCUAAAAAAUUUGAACUUCCCUUAGAUGAUUUUGGGGAGUUAAAAAAUGUUUGUACAAAUAGUUUAAAUAAUGUCAUGUAUGAUGAAGAAGAAAUUGUGGAAAUUCUUUCAAAAAAUCAUAAGUCCACUAUGGGUGUGCUCAAAGAAAGACAGCGUUAUCUCAAUAUUAUACAGACAUUAUGGACUAAUAAAAAUUUUAAGUGUGCUGUUAAUUCUGCCGUUUCCAUGAAUGAUGAUGCUGUCAUAUCAGAUCUCAUUUCUAUUAUUACACAACGCCCAAAUCUGUGGUGCCUAGAUGUUUGUAGUAUGCUACUUCCUUCGAUAUCUGAUUUGAUUCAAAGUGGGAAUGAGGCAUUCAUAAAUGUAAGUUUCAAAGCUAUAAGAGAUAUACUGCAGUAUUUUAUGCCAGUCAUUAAGAACAAUAUACAAAGACCGCCUUCUGCAAUAGGUGUUGAUAUUAUGCAAGAAGAAAGAUAUAACAAAUGUCGCAAGUGUCAAAACAUACUCAUGGACAUCAGGUCUUUUGUGCUGAAGAGGCAAACGGUCCAGGGUAACUUGGGAAACGUGUUUAGACAGUUGCAUAUGCUCUUGCAAACAAUAGAUAUCUAAACGGCAGAGAGAGGACGCUAAUGUGCUUUACUCCGCUGAAGAGACGCCCACUGCGCACGUUACACUGAACAUGUGGUAAAUUCUGUUUUUGCUCGUCUGACGACACAUAAUUAUUAUUAUUAAUUUUUUUUUAUUAUUUUUAAGUCUUGUCAAACUGUUGUCAAUGUAGUAUUUUUUUUUUUUUUGAAUUAUUUGUUAAUUUUUUUUAUUCGUAUAUUUUUUACAACAUUUUCGAUAUUUUUUUGUCCGAUAAUAAUUUUGUAGAACUUACUAACACCGCUGUACCUUUCAGCUUUUUGAACACAUUCAAUUUCUGUUCUAUACAUAGCUUUUAAAAGGCUUUUAGAACCGUAUAUGUAUCAACGAUUUCCAAACCCACGCAAUACAUUCUGUGUACAUAAUAAUAAUUUUAUUAUUAGGUAGCUCUUCCUACUUUAACAUCAUCAUUUCAUAAUAUAAUAAUAUAUUCAUAAUAUAAUAAUAUAUAAAUCCAGUUCUGUGAAUAACGUAUGCGUGUAAAAUAUUCUAUUAGAUCGGUGUCUUCUUUUUUUAUACUUCUCACCUUUUCUGAAAAGGUUUUAACAUGAAUAAUAAUUAAAUAUAAUAGCAUUAAUAAACACUGCUUUGUUGCAACAGCUGACGUGCUAGAACAGCUAAGAUCACAUUUAUAUUACCUGUAGGUACCUACAUUUUUUUAAAAUCUUGUACACCCACGAGGGUCAAACAGAAUAAUUCUUUAUAAAUCAUUAAGAUCAUUAUAUUUACCAGAACCUACAUCAUUUAAGGAUUAUUCUUGUAUGCAUUUUUAUUUUUCAUUUUUUUUUUACCUUACUGUAAGCAAUUAUUAUAAAACAUGGCUGUGUUUUAUACUUUUAAAAAUACAAAAUAUUCAGUGUUUUCUAUCGGCUGAAUCCGUCCAAUAUUAUAAAUUAUGAUAGUUGAUUAACACCAUACUGCUAUUCACAAUAAUUAUAUAAUAUAUAUAUUUUUGAAAAAUUACCAAUUGAAGAAAUUAUUAUUCAACCUGAAAAGAAUACCAAUAAACACAAAGAAUUUUUCGAUGUUAUUUUUUUAACCCGCGUAAAAUGUACAUUGUUUUAAUUUAAUUUUUGAUUUAUUUAAGGGAUCUCAUUUCUGUUGAGUACAGUUUGUAGUCAAAUGUUGUCUUUAAUAAUUAGUGUGUAAUGUUUUUAUUAUUAUUUUUUUUAUUCUGCUACUUGUAAUUCUGCUUUACUUUGUUUUUUUCUUUAUAUAUUUUAUUAAUAUGUUACAAACUUCAUUUUUUUUAUACUGAAUUUUCUUAUGUUUUGAAAAGCUAUUGUAGUCUGUACAUAUUAUGUGUCGAGUGUAUUCAAUUUUAUGUUUUAAAAUCAAAAACAUUGUUAGUAAAUUAAUUUUUCAGUACCUAAUAAUUUAUUUUAUUUUAAAACACAAUUGUAUGUUUUGUGGUUUAUACGGUUUAUAUUUUCUAAAAUUAUAAAAACUGUUUGAAUAUUUGUAUUUUUCCACUAACACAAUACUAACUUAGGUAGUCCUAUUUUGUUAUAUAGAUAAAUUAAAAUGUUUAUUAUAAAUACAAUAUACAAUAUGAAUUAAGUUUCUGAAAUAUAGUGAUAAUAUUAAUUUA